AUGGUAGAAACUCUACAUUCCAACUGUACUUUCCUACGCCCAGCUUUCUUCAUACUGACUGGCAUCCCAGGGCUAGGGGGUGCCCAGGCCUGGCUAACACUGGUACUUGGGCCUAUGUAUCUGCUGGCGCUGCUAGGUAAUGGAGCACUGCUGACAGUUACGUGGAUAGAUUCCGCACUGCACCAGCCCAUGUUUCUACUUCUGGCUACACUGGCAGCCACAGACUUGGGCUUAGCCACCUCUGUAGCCCCAGGGUUGCUGGCUGUGCUAUGGCUUGGGCCUCUACCUAUGCCAUACGCUGCCUGCCUGAUCCAGAUGUUCUUUGUACAUGCACUGACCGCCAUGGAGUCUGGUGUGCUUUUGGCCAUGGCCUGUGAUCGCGCUGUGGCUGUAGGACGCCCACUGCACUACUCUAUCCUUGUCACUAAAGCCCGUGUAGGCUACGCUGCCUCGGCACUUGCACUGAAAGCUGUGGCUAUUGUCAUACCUUUUCCUCUGCUGGUAGCACGAUUUGAGUACUUCCAUGCCAAGAUCAUACACCAUGCCUACUGUGCACACAUGGCAGUGGUAGAGCUGGUGGUGGGUAACACCCGGGCCAACAACUUGUAUGGGCUGGCACUCUCACUGGCUGUGUCAGGUGUGGACAUUCUGGGCAUCGCUGGCUCCUAUGGGCUCAUUGCCCAUGCUGUGCUUCAGCUGCCAACUCGGGAGGCCCGUGCCAAGGCCUUUGGGACAUGUAGUUCUCACAUUUGUGUCAUUCUCGCCUUCUAUGUGCCUGGUCUCUUCUCUUACCUCACACAUCGCUUUGGUCGUCACACUGUUCCUAAGCCUGUGCACAUCCUGCUCUCCAAUAUCUACCUGCUGCUGCCACCUGCCCUCAACCCCCUCAUCUACGGGGCCCGCACCAAACAGAUCAGGGAUCGGCUCCUUGCAACAUUCACAUUCAGAAAAGGCCAAUUCUAA